GUCCAGUCUCUUAGUAUUUUAAUGAAAUGUCAUCUCAUUCUUAAAUCGUUAACAGCGUUUUUUAAAUGUUCAAAACAUUUUUUAACGACCUUUUUAAAAGGCUUCAGAAGGUUCUGAAUCUCAAGACAUCAAAAAUGUAUUGAAAUGUUGAGGAAAAACUAGACUUUAAAUUUUUCCCUCUCUUUUAUUUGACGAAAGGGAAUGUCAAAGAAAUUAAAGAUUUCAGGAAACCUCUGUAAGUGUUCCUGGUUUCUUAUUUCCUUGGUAAAGGCUUAAUAAAGUUUUAAUACCAAUGUGCCAAGAAGUUAACCCUAUACCUGCCGACUCGGCCAGUAAUCUCUUUUGUAAAUCUCAAAUUAUUUCAGUUUUCUAAUCUCUAUGUAAUUAGUUUUAUCUCAAUGUGCCUUCUCUUUUUACUAUUUGAACCUACAACUUUUAGAGGUUUUUAUUUGGUGCUAUAUUUAUUAUCUCAAAUUUACAAAUUGUACACAAUCCUUUUUUCAUGAAAAGUACCUUUAGUUAAUAAUUAGAGGUUUUCUGACAAUUACGAGAAAUAUUUCUCAUCAAAUUCAGUAUAACUAUUGCACGAUAGCAGCUGUAAAGUAUUAAUGUGGACAAGUCCAUUGUGAGUCCAAGAAGGGGAGGAAGGUUGGGAUUCAAAAUCCGCUUUCUAACAAGUUAUUCAAGCCGCCUGACAUUGUACAGAUCUGCAAUAGUUUAAUACAAAGCAAUAUGUAUUUUCUAAAUUAACUUAGUUUAACUCAUUACAAUAUAUUGAUACUCAGUUUAAUAAUGUUAAUAUUGUACGUGUGCAUUGUAUAAAGAUUGUACUUAAAUACUUAGUAAUUUUGUUAUUAACCUAACUUGGACUUGUUAUAAGUCAUAAGCCGACCAGUUAACAUUAACUUUAAUACAACAAACAAAUGCUUUUUUUCUGAAAAUUUUACCCCAAUAAAUCUCUAGUCUACAAUGUCGCUGUUAUUAUGAAUUAUUAACCAUCUAUUAAAACUGUUUUUAACCGUUUUUAGAGAACAAUGGCUCCCCUAAAGUGCCUGAUGUUGGUAGUUUUGGGAGCUUGUGGAGCUGUGGGACUUGAUGCUCCUGAUAAAGGAAACUGGACUGUAGAGAACUGUAUUGUACUCAAGAUGGCAGCACAGUUAACCAUCCUUCCCGUUGAGAAGAAUGAAAACAUAUCUGUAACUGUUGAUAUUCCAGUCAGUGCUCUUGCUGCAGGAUCUUGCAAGGAUAAUCAGACUAUUGAGCUGAGUUGGGAGGAAGAGGAUAAGAAAAAGCGAGUAUUGAAGAGAUCUUUUAAAAUCAGUUUCGCCAGGAAUGAUACUGCUAACCCUCCUGUGUAUGGUGUACGAAGAUUGGACGGAGUUUAUGAUUACAAAUACUUUACAAAGAACGUAUCUGAGAAUUCCAGCGUGGAAGCAAAACAUGUAGUUGUAUUCAGCACUUACAAUCUGGACAGAUUAGAGUUCAAUACACCAAUUAACAGAUCCUAUCUCUGCCUUGAUGUCGGAAAUGUGGAGAUGAAAUCUGCAAUGAAGGACAGUACUGAACCAAUUCACACAUCCGGCGACGAACUCCUUCCUGUGACCUUCACGGCCAAGAAUGUCCAGCUUGACGCUUUCCGGUCAACUGAUGUAGAACCUGAUCAACUACAGACUCCGCUAGACUGCUCAUUCAGACCUAGUGACGUAGUUCCUAUUGUUGUUGGGUGUGCCCUGGCUGGAACUGUUCUUCUUGUUCUCAUCGCAUAUCUGGUCGGUAGAAGGAGGAAUAGGGCUAGAGGAUACCAGAGCGUUUAGAGACCAUACCAGAUCCUCAGGGGAUACCAGAUCCAUUAGAAGGAUAUCAGAUCAAGGGAAUAUUUUUUUUCUUAAAAUGAUUUUUUCCCAUAAAAAGUGUUGUAAACCCAUUUUGACAUUAGGAAAAAGAAAAAGAUUUUAUUGGCAAAAAGCAAGUUUAUUUUCACCCCCCUCCCUCUUGAAAAUAUUUACCCCUGUACCAGAUCCCCUAGAUCGGAUACCAGAUUCCCUAAGGGGAACGUAAAGUGUCCAAAAAGGAUAAAAUGGCUUCUUUCAAGAUUUGUCAGCAAUAGCUUCAAAGGAUAUUAUUUAUUAAACAGUGUAAAUAUUUCAUGUUGAAACUCAAAAUUCAAAUGUUUGCCUCUAAAAUUGAUUGUACAAAUGUGUUAUAUAUAUAUACUAUAUAUAUCAGAUCUGAACUCCUAGAAUAAGAUAUAUAUUAACUAAAAUAUAG